UUGGCCAGCGGAAGUGCCAAAAAGGUGUUCGGAAAAAUCUCAGAAAGUGCAAACAAUAGAGACUAAUCUGAAGUGCAGUGAAGCUCUCUGGGAAAAUUCAAGAAAAAUGUCGCGAAAUCAAUUGCCAGAUUCGUCUUCAUCACCGCCAAUAAGCCACAUGCCGUUCCAUAACUUUGAUGAUGAUCUGAUAAAUGAUCUGCCCUCCUGCAUCUAUGCGGGCCAGCAUCAGGGCGGCGGCAACAAUGGUGGCGGAGGUGCUGGCGGCUCAGGUGGCAGCUCCGGACUGCGCCUCAACUCGAACAAUUUGCGGCACAUACAGCAGCAUUACAUGCAACACGGAGGAGAGAAUCUCUUGGACUCCUCGACCAACCCAAUGGGUGUGCAUCAGUCGAGUAGUGCCACGCCCUUGAUGUGUAACAGUCCCAGUGCCAGCAGCAGUGGCGGCAACGGGGGCCCUGGAGGAGCCUCAGGAGCAGGAGGUGGAGGUGUCGGAGGCGGGGGUUCCAAUCCCAACUAUGGCUCGGUGGGUGCCACAGCCGCAUCCAGCUACAAAAUGCAGCGACAGGCGGCCAAUGUGCGAGAAAGGAAACGCAUCCAGAGGUCCGCACCAACUGGGUACACCAAAUGUAGCAUCAAUUCGGCCUUUGAUGAGUUGAGGGUCCAUGUGCCCACAUUUCCGUAUGAGAAGCGACUGAGCAAGAUCGACACACUCCGCCUGGCCAUUGCUUACAUAUCGUUGCUGCGCGAGGUGCUUCAGACCGACUACGAUCCAUUGACCUACGUGGAGAAGUGUCUGCGGGGCGAGAUCAAAGCGGAUCGCGCCAACUGGAACACGAGUGAUCUCACUGCUCGUCUCUCGUGGAUCAACUGGGAGAACCUGGGCGUUCAUCCGGGACGUCGCACGCUGCUCACUUCGCUGGCUCUGUCCUCGGAGCCCAUGUGUGGUGCUCAUUGCGGCAUGCCAUGAAUGGGAUGGUGUCCAGAUUAGCCAAGCUAACUCUGGAAUCGUUUGCUAAAAGCAACAUCAAGUUCUUCCCAUCCGUUUCUGAUUUAGUUGAAGUCUUCCUUCCCCUUGUAUAAUGAUUUAGUUAAAGACUGACUGGCACAUUUCUACAAUUACUAACAAUAAGCAAUAGUAUUAUAUUUUAUUUUGAAAAGCAUCCAAAGACUCACAAAAAUCGCCCACACACAACGCAGCAUCGAAGCAAGCAACUUCUCCCCCCAAAUGGAUUUUAGUUGUUGGCGGGUGAUGGCUGCUGCAGCAGUGUGUUUGUGUGUGUGUGUGUGCCUGUGGGGUUUUCGCAAUUACAAAUCAAUUCCUCAAAUCAUAUUUCAGGAUAUAUAUAUGUAGUAUCAGAUCAGAUCAGUUGUAAAUAGUGAGUAUUCUACGACACGAUAGCCCGUAAGUACACGUGGGCCCAAUCGCGUUUCGUGGCUAACAGACACAUACAUAUAUAAGUUAGGCAACUAUGUAACAACUUUAAAAGCAUUUAUAUAAAAGAGCACACACACUCGAAUAUGUGUGUGUGUGUGUGUUAAUCUAGACGUAAACAUAGCAUAGACAUAUACAUAUUAUUAUCGGCUCUUCUUCCUUCCAACGUACAUGUACUCA